AUGAGCCAGGCUACUUUCAACAUUCAACCGGUGAACCGCUUCGGCGGGCAGGGCACUACAAUUCGGCGGCCCAGGGAAGUAACAUGUUUCUCAUAUGACCGUGAUCGUCAAUUCAUGUUGGGAGAUAGUUCUCUGGCCUAUUAUUACCCGCCAAGUCUUCCAGCAGAUCUGAAUAUCGGCUUUGAGACCUUUCAAAAGCUCAACGAUGCUGCGGAUGAGCAUCUGGAUGCUUUACUCGAUACUAUCGUUGCUCUCGAGAGGGAUACGGAAAAGAAAUGCGAAACUGAUAUCAUUACCUGGCGAGGGAUGAUGACGAAGAUGGGUAUGUUAUGCAAUUUACGGGAACCGUUCUUUACUCACAUAGUCCAUUUCAUAUCUAGUUUUGAGAUGAACGCGACAUGUUUCCAGGGUACAAUGUACGAUAUUCUUCCCCUUCCAGGGUUUCUAAGUUACUUUGCUGAUAAAAGAAGAUUCAUCGAAGAGAAUAAUUCAUACAAAAACGAGCAGAAAGAGAAACAGAAAGCUCAAAGGAUGCCCCCGGGAAUGGCAUCUCAAGAACGCAUGAUGUACUGGGGUUACAAGUUUGAAGUUCUUUCUGUUUUACACAAGCCUUGGGAUCCUACGACACGUGCCGAGAUCGAAGGUCGUCAGGAUGAAGUUGUGAACAAUAGUGCACAAUAUUGCUCUGUGGUUAAGACGGGUAUGGGAAAUGUACGCAUGAUUCUUGGGGGUGAAGUUGAUGCCGUGUGGGAUUGCAAACCGGAAAGGAAAGAAGACCCAAUCCACUGGGUUGAACUGAAGACGUCGGCGGAAAUUCGCAAUGAUCGCGACAUGCUGAAGUAUGAGCGAAAGUUACUGAAGUUCUGGGCACAGUCUUUCUUGCUCGGAGUGCCGACGAUCAUUGUUGGUUUUCGCGAUCAGGAUGGUAUUGUUCGUCGUCUGGAAGAACUUGAUACGGCCAGUAUCCCGGGUAAAGUCAAGAAGCUUGGACGAGGAUCUUGGGAUGGUAAUAUCUGUAUCAAUUUUGCUGCACAAUUCCUUGAAUGGUUGAAACACACCAUUCAGCAGGACGGGACUUGGAGAAUACGGAAGCAAGAGAAAUCAUCGGUCAUCGAGGUGUUCAAGGUUGAAGAGUCAGGUCAUGGCGAUAUUCUCUCCCCUGCAUUCAGAGACUGGCGGUCACAAGCUCAGGCUUAA